UGGUAUAGGGGUUUGCAGGGCGCGCGACGGACAGAAGGGGGGGCUAGGGUGCGUCGCGCAGGCGUCGUUCAGUCGCUCGGUCGGGCGCGCCGACGCCACACGCGCGCCAUGGACGACACGCGAGCGCGUGACCGGGCACCUCUCACCGUCAUCGUCGCCCCAAGCAACGCUUCUCCCCCUCGACUGUCCCCAGCCGACUUGUUACCAGACGGAGACGCCGCGUUCCACCCUCUAUCCGUCGUCAAUGGACGUCUAACUCCACCCGGCCUAGAGCCCGCUUCAUACGCCACUCUAACACCGCUAUUACCUUUACCGCCUAUCAGUACAGUCUCGGAUAAGUUCGCGUACCAUGCAGGCGGCACGUUCACAGUCAUACAACAGCAACAGUCCUAUGCGUCGUUGUCACCAGCGCCGUAUAAUGAGCCACUGUCACCACAGUCUGCGUACAGUAGAAGAAGCGCGUCGCCGAAUUCUUUUGAAAGACGCUCACCAACACCGCCUUUGCCGAGCCCAGGACUAGACUUAAACGCUGCCUUAUUAGCAAGAGAAGAGCAGCAAGCGGCUCAACAACAGCAAGCACAAAAUGACACAGAAGAAAUCAACACCAAAGAGCUAGCUCAACGAAUAAGUGGCGAACUGAAACGCUACUCAAUCCCUCAAGCGAUCUUCGCUCAGAGAGUCCUAUGCAGGUCACAAGGGACUUUGAGCGAUCUGCUAAGAAACCCAAAACCUUGGUCGAAGUUGAAAUCAGGACGGGAGACGUUCAGGAGGAUGUGGAAAUGGCUGCAGGAGCCGGAGUUCCAGAGAAUGUCGGCGCUUAGGCUUGCAGCGGCCCAGAUUCCUCAGAGAGGCAGUGUGUUUGUCACGUCGUCAGGCUGCAAGCGCAAGGAGGAGCUGGUGUCGGAUACGCUGCCUUCCCCGAAGAAGCCCCGUUUGGUUUUCACAGACCUCCAGCGGCGUACUCUACAGGCUAUUUUUAAGGAAACAAAGCGGCCCUCAAAAGAAAUGCAGGUGACAAUAGCGCGACAACUCGGCUUAGAGCCUACCACCGUCGGCAAUUUUUUCAUGAACGCGCGCCGGCGAUCAAUGGACAAGUGGAAAGACGACGACGCACCAUCAACAGACCUAGACCAGCAGCUAGACCACGACAUGGAUCAUGUGCCUAGUCUGGAUUCGGCAGAAUCGGAUGAUGAGCAUGACGAACAGGACGAUCACCUCUUGUGACGCCGUAUUCCUCAACAGCAUCUAUUAGUGCUAUGAAAGCUUGAAGUUGUCUUUGAUUUCGAAGCUGCGAGUGCAGGGUAGGUAGGGUUGUAUGGAAUUCUUCACACGAUAGAAAAAAUAUCUGCUGAUAUGAUUUCCAACACAAUUCUUACGGGAUUUGUACAUUUUGUACCUAUUCUACCGGAAAAGUUAUGUAGUCUUAUUUUCAUUUCUACUCAAACCACACCUUUCACAUUUUACUUAUUACAAAUAUUUGUGUUAUUUAGUGGAUGGACCUAAAAUCAAAACACUAUUUUUACCUGGCGUAUAAUUUUGUUAUUCUCUUUCUUAAAAAAAUAUCGUGUGAAAGGAUUACUUAUGAUGAGUUUUACAUGAUUAAAAACAAGAUGAGUGGCCAUCGUGACUUAAAUAAGUUAAAAGCCAUUUAAUCAGCGUUUCUUAAUAAUAAACGCAAAAAGUUGUGAAGGUAGCUAUUAUUCACUGUGGUAAAUGGUAAAUAACACUGAGUCCUAAUAUAAUGGAUAUUUUGCUAUUGUACUUUAUUGUUAAUUUCAAAGCUCAGUAUUGGGUCAUAAUUAUGCAGCUAUCGCAUCUUCGACAACUUCAAACUGAAAAUGUACAGUUAAAGCUAAGAACUAUUACGACGCGAAUUUAGUUAAAGGUCGGUGUUCGUUUUCUUUAGGCGAUCACAACGGCAUUUAUUUCACUUUAAGGUUGAAAUGAAUUCCAGUGUCUGCCUUUUGGUUUGAAUAAUGCACCAUUAUAAAAACUUGAGUGUUUUUUGGUUUCGAACGAGUUAAAAGUCAAGUUUAAAUAGCAAUAUUACCUGGUAGGUAGGAUAUAGUAAAGGGUUCCGUGAUAGGUCGCCUAAAGAACGCAAAGGAUAGAUUAUGAUCUCUAAUAUCGAACGUUUCUAGUCAAACGUAUUCAAAUAUUUAUUAUAAGUUCUAAAUAUAAUUGUUCUGCAGUAAUUUUAGCCAAAAUGUGUAUUUUAUGUUGUAGAAACAAACUUAGUCACUUGGAUACACUACAAAAUACUGUGUUUUUUAUAGUAACAAUAUGUCGACUUUGUUAAAAAUGAGAACUAGUUUAUGUAGCCACUAAAAACAAAGUUCGGUUUUACACAAAAGAGCUUUUUAUUAAAGUAAGUACACGCCUUCUUAUUUAUUUAAUAAUUGAAAAUAAUUGUGUGUUCAAGUGACGUACUAAGCUUCGUAUAGUUAAUAGGAACAAUACGCAAAAACUACACAAAAAGUAUGGAGCUAGUAUUUUUGUAGUUUGUACAGCGACAUCUAAAUAAAAUUAGCAAAAAUAUCCGAUUAAAUCGGAUCUGAAUAGAAAAAAAAAACACUUAAUUUAUUUAGUAUAAAUGGUGACACUCGCAUUUUAUCACAUAAUGUAAUGAUUAAAAAUAGGCAGUUACUUUUUUUUUUAAUUAAUAUGAGUUCAUAUUGAAGGUAUAUAGGGAAAAGGUUCCAAGCUACAAAAAAUUGUCAAUAAAUUUAAAUUAUAAGUCAACAAACAAAGCAUUCUUUUAAAUUUUUUUUGAGGUUGCAUCCUUUUUGGUAAGCCGCGUCCAUACUAGGUAAGUGAACGAUUUCUAUGAAGUUGCUUCAUCGUAAAAAAACUUAUUCCAAAAACGUUUUUUUACCUAUAAUAAAAAUUAACCACGCUAGUUUUUCUUUGGUAAAUGCGAGUGUCAUGAAGCUCAUUAUUAAUAAUUGUUUCUCUAGUCACGAGAUCUCAAUCGGCACAUUCCACUGCGUCAAAACGUCGAGCGUGAUAUUACUUAAAUUAUAAAAAAUAACUAGUCAUAACAAUCGUGUAAGAAAAGCUUCUCUAACCUCCUUAGUCCCGAUGUCCUUUUUAAAAGAACAAAAUAAAAUCGUAUUUUGAACUAUAAGGGAAUUAAAGAAAGGUUCCAAGUUCAAAACUGCAAAAUUGGUCUGGGAUUUAGGAGGCUAAAACUAAAGAGAAAUUGAAAAACCUAGUCCGAGUUGUGCAAAGUAGGAAAUAGAUAAAUAAAUAUCAGUACAGCUUAAUGUAUGUUUUGUAACAAGAUAAGACUCUUAUGACGUACUUAAACAUCUUUUCAAAAUAAUAAAACUUAUUGCAAUAAUAAUGUUGCAAAAAGUAAUUUAAGAUUAUUUACAUCGUUUAAUUUAAGUCGUAAUUUAAUUUUAAAUAACUUAUUUAUUUGAUUAAGAUAGUCGAAUUUUUACCUUUUACCACCAAAGAUAUAAUAGUGAUGUGCAAUUUCAUGUUAUUAUUAAAAGAGGUAUAAUUUGUUUAAGAGACUCGAAAAUGAGUAGGAUAAUAAAUCGAUGUCUUUAUAGACAAAUUGUGUCUCGAUACACUUAUAAAUAAACAUUAUUAUUUUAUUUAUCAUAGUAAUAAUAAACGCGCAUUUUUUGUUUUGUAUUUAAUGAAAUGCGCACAAUAAGUAUUAUUAAUGAUUAUUAUAAUGAAAAGAACUGUUCCAGCUAGUGUUUUCGGUAUUAUUUCGGUACAGAAUGGAUAUUUUUGUCGAUAUAUAGUGCGCUUUCAAAUGUACAUAGUACGUGAACAUAAUGUUAAGAUUAAAUGUACAUUUUACAAAGA